AUGUCAAAAUUGAUAGUAUAUCUUGCUUUCAUCACAUAUUGUGGCAGAGCUGCUAACCAAAGAAACCGAGUCGCAGCCGCUGAUCUUAUCAUAGAUCAUAAAGCUGAUAAGUUAUGGGAUGAUGGCAUAAUAAUGGAGACAAAACAAGUAGAAGAAUCAACACUGAUGAAUUAUGACACAAUGGAAAAUGGAAGAUUAUUUAUUUUGGAUGAAAAAUCGCUGUUAUUGAUGACAAAUACUGUUAAUCUGAUAAAGUGGAAAUAG